AUGAUAAGGAUUGUAAUAGGUGAUUUAAAUGCAAAAUGCGGAUGGGAACCACAGUACUUCCCUUACAUAGGGAAGGAAAGUUUGCAUUGCAACAGCAAUGACAAUGGUCAGCGAUUGAUAGCGUUUGCUACAUCAAAUGGAUUGACUGUUAGUAGUACCACUUUCCCACAUAAAAAUAUUCACAAAGCCACUUGGAGGUCACCGGAUGGAGAAACCCUGAACCAAAUCGAUCACAUUCUCAUACAGACUAGAUACCGUAGUACAAUCCACGAUGUAAGAAGCCACAGAGGUGCUGACUGUGACACGGAUCAUUACUUAGUGAUUGCCAAACUUAGAUCAAAGUUAAAAAACCAAUCGAGAUUAAAAGACAAAAGAGCUAAAUUCAACCUAGAGUUACUAAGAGAUGAAACCGUGAGGAAAAAAUAUGAGAGCGAAGUAAGGAAAGAGCUUAAAGAAAAUAGCGUACAAAUAGAAAUAGAUGUAGACUUGGAUUGGGAAAAAGUGAGUAAUGCUGUCAAAAAAGCAGCGGCCACUAGCAUUGGUGAGCUAAAAAGGUCAAGAAGUACUUGGUAUAAUGAUGUGUGUAGAAUUGCUGUGGACAAACGUCGCAAAGCGAGAGAUGACUAUAUUAAGAACAACACUCAAACAACUAAAGAAGCUUUCAUUCGGGAACGUAAAAUCUGCAAAAGCGACCUUCAAAGGGAAAAAAGAAAAUUCUUUAACAACAUACUUCAUACCGCAGAGAACGAUCAUACGCAGGGGAGAACUAGACAUUUUUUUAGAGUCAUCAAACAGUAUAAACAAUUCAACCCUAUAUGGAAUGCAAUCAGAGACCAAGACGGACAAAUGUUAAUGGAGCCAGAGUCAAGAGCUGAGAGAUGGAAAGGCUAUUUUGAAAAACUACUAUAUGGUAACAUGCCAGCCCAGCCUGUAACACAUGUCGAAUAUGAAAGACCGGAGCCCUAUGUAGAGGAUGUUAGUCUAGAUGAAGUAAAAAGUGCUAUAAUUGGCCUGAAAAACUGGAAAGCACCGGGUACAGAUAAUAUUCCAACAGAACUCAUUAAAUAUGGAGGCGAGGAGCUACAUGUAGUAAUAUACAGACUGUGCCAGCAAAUAUGGAUGGAAGAACGGGUACCGGAUAGCUGGAAUGAGGCAAUCAUUAUACCAUUGUACAAAAAAGGAGAUAAUACAAAAUGUGAUAAUUAUAGAGGGAUAUCGCUCUUGAACUCUGCGUACAAGGUCUUCUCUAGAAUCUUACUAAAUCGCAUGGUCCCUUAUGUGGAGGACUGUUUAGGUGAAUAUCAAUGUGGUUUCCGAAAAGGACGUUCAACCACGGAACAACUAUCCGUAAUAGGCCAAAUAAUUGAAAAGAGAUACGAAUAUCGGCAGAAUAUGUGGCAAAUUUUUAUAGAUUUCAAAAAAGCCUAUGAUAGUAUCCACAGAGAGAGCCUCUACAAAAUUAUGUAUGAGUGCGGUUUCCCAAAAAAAUUAAUAUCCCUAACUAAAAUGUGUAUGGAAAACACGAAAUACAGAGUGAGAACACAAAAUGUAACAUCAGAAACCUUUACAGUGGAAACCGGACUAAAACAGGGAGAUGCCCUGUCCCCGGUACUCUUCAAUCUUGCUUUAGAGAAGGUAAUAAGGGUACUACAGGACAAUGAAGGUGGCCUACUAAUCGGUCAGAAUAAGAUACAGAUCCUAGGCUUUGCUGAUGAUUUAGACAUAAUAGGCGAUUCACUUUCAGACGCAGCCAACGCAGCCAGAGUGUUAGAAGAAGCGGCGAAAUAG